UGGGAACGAGGUUAGAGAGAGAAGGGGUGGGGGGGUUGUUUGAGAUUCGUAAAAUUCUAGGAGUUGGUGGAAUAUCGCAGCGAGGAGGGAGGUGCUGAAAACCUCCACCCUGCAUGGUGUGCAACUUCUAUCACUGGUGGGAAAACAAACUGACCUUAGAAUCCUUUUACUUCACUCACACCUGUUUUUUUUUUAAACGCUUCACACUGCAGAACAUUGGGGUGCAGAACAUUCUUCAAAGAAUGCGAAACACAGAAUCAACAAAGCAAAGACGACACUCGGACUGAAUCAAUGGUAUUGCAGAAGUUGACGUCCCUGCUCAGUUUGGACCUACACCACUGAGGUCUGGAUUGAAAGGAUCCCUGGCUGCGGCGGAGCUUAUGGAGGCUGUGAGCCAGCCGCCGCCUCGUUCACAGGCCUGACACCCGAGCUCUCUUCUCCUGGGGGGGGGGGGAAGGAAAGCAGGAAGAAGGCGAUCCACUGCAGACGUGCUCCAGGAGUUCAAGUCACAGGAGUGGAGGAACGAGAACCAGAGCGAGAGCGAGAGCGAGAGAGAGAGAGAGAGAGAGAGAGAGAGAGAGAGAGAGAGAGAGAGAGAGAGAGAGAGAGAGUAGAAGACGGGGGUUUACUCAACACCUUUGUUCCCACUAGUAACUCCCGAGAUGGCUCAGUGUGCAGGCCGCCGCGCCGCGGGCCUCACAGCGCCGUAGCCGUAGCCGCGCGCAGCACCUCGCUCUGCUCAGGUGCAUUAGACCGGAAUAAAACACAGAGACCUGCAGAGAUAGGGGGGGCCGAGAGCACGCCGCCUAGGAGAGGGAGACACACAGAAUUAUAAAUACUUUGGUGCGUCAGCGCUGAGGAACAUGAGAGGAGACAUCUAAAGACCCCUAAAGCGUGCGUUGAAGACUAUCGCAGCCCACCCUCCGGGAUCGUUUUUUCCCUUUUGUUGCGUGCUCGUGCAAUUGCAUGCGUGGGCCCAUUUCUACAAGGGACGUUUGUUUCGUUUUUGGAUGCGUGCUUAGGCUCUCGUGAUGGCUGCUGCACAAGGGAGCUCUGAGAGGGGGGGGACUGGUGGUCGUGUGACGAGCGGCGGCCCUCACCGGCUCCUCCACCUGCUCCUCCUGGCGCUCCAGGUUCUCACCACCGCCACGGCGGCCAAGCCCAAGAUGCCGGGCCACACCCACCUGAACUCCAUCCGUAUCGACGGGGACAUCUCCCUGGGCGGGCUGUUUCCCGUGCACGCCCGGGGCAACGACGGCAAGGCCUGCGGCGAGCUGAAGAAGGAGAAGGGCAUCCACCGGCUGGAGGCCAUGCUGUUCGCCCUGGACCGCAUCAACAACGACCACGAGCUGCUGCCCAACAUCACGCUGGGCGCCCGCAUCCUGGACACCUGCUCCCGGGACACCCACGCCCUGGAGCAGUCGCUGACCUUCGUCCAGGCGCUGAUCGAGAAGGACUCCACCGACGUCAAGUGUCUGAGCGGCGGGCCGCCCAUCAUCACCAAGCCCGAGAGGGUGGUGGGCGUGAUCGGGGCGUCGGCCAGCUCCGUGUCCAUCAUGGUGGCCAACAUCCUGCGACUCUUCAGAAUCCCCCAGGUCAGCUACGCCUCCACCGCCCCCGAGCUCAGCGACAACUCCCGCUACGACUUCUUCUCCCGGGUGGUGCCCCCGGACACUUACCAGGCCCAGGCCAUGGUGGACCUGGUGAAGGCCAUGCGCUGGAACUAUGUGUCCACCGUGGCGUCCGAAGGCAACUACGGAGAGAGCGGCGUGGACGCCUUCAUCCAGAAGUCCCGGGAAGACGGGGGUCUGUGCAUCUCCCAGUCAGUGAAGAUCCCACGCGAGCCCAGAACCGGAGAGUUUGACAAAAUCAUCCGUCGCCUGAGUGAAAACCCCAACGCCCGCGUGGUCAUCAUCUUUGCCAACGAGGAUGACAUCAGGAGACUCCUCCAGGCGGCUAAGAAAGCUAAUCAGACUGGCCACUUCAUCUGGGUGGGCUCAGACAGCUGGGGGUCCAAGAUAUCCCCCAUCUUGAAUCAGGAGGAGAUGGCCGAGGGUGCCGUUACCAUCCUGCCCAAGAGACAGUCGAUACGAGGUUUCGAUCGGUAUUUUACCAGCCGCACGCUGGAGAACAACAGGCGGAACAUUUGGUUUGCUGAGUUCUGGGAAAAUAACUUCCAAUGCAAGCUGAGUCGCCAUGCACUGAAGAAAGGAUCUGGCGUCAAGAAAUGCACAAAUCACGAGCGAAUCGGAAGGGACUCCUCCUACGAGCAGGAGGGCAAGGUGCAGUUUGUGAUCGACGCCGUGUACGCCAUGGCCCACGCCCUGCACAACAUGCACCGCAGCCUGUGCCCCGGCAACGUGGGCCUGUGCCCCAAGAUGGAGACCAUCAACGGGACGCUGCUGCUCAAGUACAUCCGCGAUGUCAACUUCACAGGUAUUGCUGGCACACCGGUAGUGUUCAACGUGAACGGAGAUGCUCCAGGUCGCUAUGAGAUCUACCAGUACCAGAUUACCAACAGCACCAUGGAGUACAAGAUCAUCGGCCACUGGACCGAUCACCUCCACUUAGACACCAACCAGAUGCAGUGGCCCGGCGCCUCCCAGGACGUCCCCUCCUCCAUCUGCAGCCAGCCCUGCCAGGCGGGGCAGCGCAAGAAGACGGUGAAGGGCAUCCCGUGCUGCUGGCACUGCGAGAACUGCGACGGCUACCAGUACCAGGCCGACACGUACAGCUGCAAGAUGUGCCGCUUCGACCUGAGGCCCAACCCCAACCACACGGGCUGCGACCCCAUCCCCAUCGUCAAGCUGGAGUGGAGCUCCCCCUGGGCUGUGUUCCCCGUGCUCAUCGCCGUGCUGGGCAUCAUGGCCACCAUGUUCGUGGUGCUCACCUUCAUCCGCUACAACGACACGCCCAUCGUGAAGGCCUCCGGGCGGGAGCUCAGCUACGUGCUGCUGACGGGCAUCUUCCUGUGCUACGCCACCACCUUCCUGAUGAUCUCCACACCCGACGUGGGCAUAUGCUCGCUGCGAAGGAUAUUCUUGGGCCUGGGCAUGAGCAUCAGCUACGCGGCGCUGCUCACCAAGACCAACCGCAUCUACCGCAUCUUCGAGCAGGGCAAGAUGUCGGUGAGCGCCCCGCGCUUCAUCUCGCCCGCCUCCCAGCUGGUCAUCACCUUCACCCUGAUCUCGGUGCAGCUCCUGGGGGUGUGCAUCUGGUUCGGCGUGGACCCCUCGCAGGCCGUCAUCGACUACGAGGACCAGCGCACCUCCAACCCGCUGAUGGCCCGGGGGGUGUUGAAGUGCGACAUCUCGGACCUGUCGCUCAUCUGUCUGCUGGGGUACAGCAUGCUGCUCAUGGUCACCUGCACCGUCUACGCCAUCAAGACCCGAGGCGUGCCGGAGACGUUCAACGAGGCCAAGCCCAUCGGCUUCACCAUGUACACCACCUGCAUCGUGUGGCUGGCCUUCAUCCCCAUCUUCUUCGGGACUUCUCAGUCAGCAGAAAAGCUGUACAUCCAGACCACCACCCUGACCAUCUCCGUCAGCCUGAGCGCCUCCGUCUCUCUGGGCAUGCUGUACAUGCCUAAGGUCUACGUGGUCCUCCUCCACCCUGAGCAGAACAUUCCCAAGCACAAGCGCAGCCUGAAGGCGGUGGUGACCGCCGCCACCAUGUCCAACAAGUUCAACCCCAAGGGCGGCCUGCGGCCCAACGGGGAGGCCAAGUCUGAGCUGUGCGAGAGCCUCGAGACACAGGACUGUGUUGAGGGAGGGGAGCCCUGUGAGGGACUGUAAAGAACCAGCAUUGGCCUCCAAGCAGACAUACAUAAGCUACAGUAAUCACGCCAUCUAACCGACCAGAGAGCUGCACAAGGGAGCCACGAGCGAGAAGCCUGCCUUAGGAGCGAGCACCUGACACUGGAGAGAACGCUAAAAAUACCGGAGAAACUCUGAGCUCCAAGGGAGAGAAGGGACGGGGAAAUGUCACUCCUUGUGCAGAGGAAGAAGAAGAGGAGGAAGAAGAAGAUGUCAUGUCUUUUUGUUUUUGAAUAGCGA